GAUUUAUAGCUUUUUUUGUUGUCAUUGUUAGUAAAUUCGCCUGUGUUGUAGCUGCAUGGUUUACACAGUACAAUUACAGUGUUUUCUUACUUGUUCUUUAUAGCAACUCCACAAGUUGUUAGAGAGACUAUUUUGUACAUGAGGAAAUGGAGACAGAGGUGAUUUUAUCAACGUCAAACACCACCAAGAAGGCAGAGUGGGACUAGAACACAGAGCUCUAACUCCAAAUUCAGCCUGCAGUAUUCAGCCAGUUUUUAUAGCUAGCAAGGGUGAUAUAGUCAAUUUAUAAAUGAUCAAUGAUUUUGUAUUCACCUCCAAGUCCUGAAUAUUUGGAAGAUUGGGUUAUUUUUUCAGGUAGUAAUCAUCAAGAAGGUGAUCCAGUUUGUCCACAGAAAAGACUUUUCACCUUAUUGCAGAGUACGUUCUUCUUGAAAAUUAUUACAGACAUGAAGUUGCACUAUGGAGAUCUUACUGAUAGUACCUGCCUCGUGAAGAUUAUCAAUGAAGUAAAGCCUACAGAGAUUUACAACCUGGGAGCCCAGAGCCAUGUCAAAAUUUCUUUUGACUUAGCUGAGUAUACUGCAGAUGUUGAUGGGAUUGGCACUUUGCGGCUUUUGGAUGCAAUUAAGACCUGUGGCCUUAUCAACUCUGUGAAGUUCUAUCAGGCCUCAACAAGUGAGCUUUAUGGGAAAGUGCAAGAAAUACCCCAGAAGGAAACUACCCCAUUCUAUCCUCGGUCGCCCUAUGGGGCAGCAAAAUUGUAUGCUUAUUGGAUUGUGGUGAACUUCCGGGAGGCAUAUAAUCUCUUUGCAGUGAAUGGCAUUCUCUUCAAUCAUGAGAGUCCCAGAAGAGGAGCUAAUUUUGUUACUCGAAAAAUUAGCCGGUCAGUAGCUAAGAUUUACCUUGGACAACUGGAAUGUUUCAGUUUGGGAAAUCUGGAUGCCAAACGAGAUUGGGGCCACGCCAAGGACUAUGUAGAGGCUAUGUGGCUGAUGUUGCAGAACGAUGAGCCAGAAGACUUUGUCAUAGCGACUGGAGAGGUCCAUAGUGUCCGUGAAUUUGUUGAGAAAUCAUUUUUGCACAUUGGAAAAACCAUUGUGUGGGAAGGAAAGAAUGAAAACGAAGUGGGCAGAUGUAAAGAGACCGGCAAAGUUCACGUGACUGUGGAUCUCAAAUACUACAGACCAACUGAAGUGGACUUUCUGCAAGGAGACUGCACCAAAGCGAAACAGAAGCUGAACUGGAAGCCUCGGGUCGCUUUUGAUGAGCUGGUGAGGGAGAUGGUGCACGCCGACGUGGAGCUCAUGAGGACCAACCCCAAUGCCUGAGCGCGGCCUCAGAGCCCCGGCGCCCUCCGACCUGUCGUCCCGCUUGGCGCCGGCUGGUGCGGGGUUACAGGCGGAGACACGCGCUGGGAUGUACCCGGGAGGGGCAGGCAAAUCCAGUCGGUACCCUGUGACCCUCGCCGCCACUGCCUUGUCCCCGCUGGCGGGAGCGAGGGCCGCCAGGUUUGUAGCAACCGGGACGUGACACUCCGGGAUUUGGCCGCUUUGCUUUUGUCGAAGCCUCCUCUGAAUGGUUUUGUGAAAUCAAGAUGUUUUAAUCACAUAUUCACAUAUUUACUUGAAAUUAUGUCACUUAGACAACUUAAAUUCUGGGGCCUUUAAAUUGUUUUUUCUUAUUAAAUACGAUCUUUUUAUGAACUAGCA